AUGGAUAGCUUACAGAAGGCAGUGGAUUUCUACAUCCGCUACCAGACCACUCUGAGUUUCAGCAUUGUGUCCCUGCUGACGGCUGCCAGCGAGCGCAUCUUCUCAUCUGUGGUGUUCAAGUGUCCCUGCAACUCUGAGAACCUGGUGUAUGGUUAUUCCUUCCUCUUAGUGCCUGCCUUCGUCCUCUUGCUGCUUGGCUACAUGAUGAAUACCAGGACAUGGCGCCUGUUUACAGGCAUGUGCUCUCCGGAGAAGCAUCUCCAAUACUGUUCCUGGCGAACCUGGGCCCACUUCUGCCAGCUGUUUGUGCCGAUGACAGUCAAGGUCUCGGUGGCCCCGUUCACUUGGAUAGCGGUGGCCCUGCUCGGAGCCAACUUCUACGAGUGUGCGGCCAGCGGGAGCAACAUGACAGCACACCUCUUCUGUAAAAAUAACACAAAUUACAGCCAAGAGCAGCUUUACAAAAUGCCCUGUGAUGAGGAGUUAUCAGCAGCAAUGUCAAGUGUAUGCCUCAGCUUUCAUGCACAGUCCCAGCUGAUAGGAUGGUUCCUGAUAGCCAGCAUCAUGACUGUGGCACUGAUUUCAACAUGUGUCACCCACUGCUUCGCCCCCGUCAGCUACCUUCAGUUCAAGUUCUGGAAAAUUUACUCAAGAAAAGAACAUAAACACUUUGAGAUCAAAGCCAAAGAGCAUGCAACCAAGCUAGCAGAAAGAAAUACAAAUUGCUUUUUUGAAGCCACUGACCCAGCACCAUUUCAUACCCCCAGCAACAAAGACUGGCAGAAGGUUUCAGUUUCAUAUACCUUUAAUCCACAAGAGCAGUAUUACAGCAUGUUACACAAGUAUGUGAACACCAACAGAGGCAAUGACGCUGAAUUCAAGGAAGAAGGUCAGCGUCUCAGUGUUUUUUAA